GCGGAAGGCGGAAGUUUAUCUGACAGAGAGCUAAGCUAACUAGCCUAGCUUGUGAGGUCUAACCGGCCAGUUUUCCGCCACUCCUCGUCUCUACUUCUAUCCUCGGCAGGAUGAGUCUCCAGUGGAUGGCCGUGGCCACCUUCCUCUACAUGGAGGUGUUCCUGGUGCUGCUGCUCUGCAUCCCCUUCAUCUCACCCAAGAGGUGGAGUCGCCUCUUCAAGUCCCGCAUGGUCCAGACCAUCGCUCUCUACGGCAACACCUCCUUCAUGGUGGCCAUCGCCAUCCUGGUCUUCCUGCUCAUCGAUGCGUUCCGCGAGGUGAGGAAGUACAGCGUCCCAGAGAAGGUGGACCUGGUCAACAACCCCACAGCAGUGGAGCACAUCCACAUGAAGCUGUUCAGGGCCCAGAGGAACGAGUACAUCGCCGGCUUCGCCCUGCUGCUCUGCCUACUUCUCCGUCGCAUAGCAACCCUGCUGUCCCAGCAGGCCUCUCUGAUGGCGUCCAACGAGGCCUUCAAGAAGCAGGCAGAGGGUGCUAGCAACGCUGCCAAGAAGUUCAUGGAGGAGAAUGACCAGCUGCAGCAGAAGCUGAAGGGGGCGGGGCUAAAGGUACCUGAUGCGGGCGCUAAGAAGUCUGGAGAAGAGGAGGAGGACCUGGCGCAGGAGGUGAAGACUCUGAGGGAGGAGCUGGCCACCGCCAAGAAAGCCCUCCAGAAGUCGGACAGCGACGUGCGGGCCAUGAAGUCCCAGGCAGAGAACCUGACCGUGGAGUACGACCGGCUGCUGGGGGAGCACAGCGUGCUGCUGGCCAGCGGAGACUCCAGGGACAAGAAGUCAGACUGAAGCUCCCUGCUUCACCUUCAUCAAGCUCCGUCUGCCUCCACCACUUCACGCACAUGACGUCACUUCCUGAUAACCGAUGUCCCUUUGGAGCGGUUGCAACCAGUUUGUUUCCAGCGGGACAUCCAAUAGGAAGUAUUCCCCCCCCCCCCCCCCCCCUCAAGAACAGUACCAAUAGGACUCUUCUCUACCCAAGCCUGCUUUAAGCCUCCAGUUAGCAUGAGGAGGCUAGCCCUCAUGCUAACGCCGUAUGGAGAGCAGGGCUUUACUCUGUUGCGAUGUGCUCACCGUUCAGUGGGUUUCUUUUAUCACGGUUUGAAGUAAUGUUAUGUGAAUGCCACGUUGGCUAAAGCGCUAGCUUCCUUAGGCGGUUUAUCGGCCGUCAGUGCUAGGGGGAGUUCCGGAGCCAAUCCCCUGCUAGGACCGACAGGUGGGGCUGACACCUGUUGGCUCGGGGCAGUGGACUUUAGCCUCGGGCUUCUCCUGCCAGUCGGUUAGAUCCUGAGGGGCUCCUCUUCAGACUUCAUGUUCGGACCAUGCUUCACCGUGCGACUCUUCUUCUGCACUGUUCAUCGAAUGUCUAAACUUUAUUGGUAUUUUUACGUUGUACGAGGAGUGGUUGAUUUGUGGGGAAAUGGAGCCAGGUGUCGAUGAUCCGUCCUGUUCACUGUAGGACACAAGUUGGACCAAAUGGGUUAAAGAAAUGUAGAGGGUGAUAAAUAAGAGCCUUGUUGUUCCGAGCCAGGAGGUCUGGCUCCGUUUACAGAGAAGAAGGGGAAAGUUGAACCUCCUGUAUGGUCUCUUCUAGGAAGGGAACUCUCUCCUCCCUCCUCCUCCUGUCUCUCUGAGUGUGUUAUGUACUGAAGCUGUUCCUGCUCCAAUAAACCAGUUCUCUCUG